AUGGCUCUCAGUUUCCUAAUCAAACUUCAGAUUCUAUGGGCGAUUGAAGAUACACAGAAGAUUUACUACCCUGUGUUGGCUGCAGUCGGGGUUCCCGUAAAUGUGGUGACAAUUGCAGUCCUGUCUCGUGGAAAGUGUGGUCUCUCCAAAUGUGUCACUCGCUACCUGGUAGCCAUGGCAGAGGCAGAUCUAAUGGUGAUUAUCUUCGAUCUGAUACUAAGGCAAAUUCCUAUUACCUAUCGUGAACAAUUUGGAUUUGUGCGCUCAAUUCCUUUGUGCAAUAUUCAUGCUGUUCUGCUUUAUGCUGCCACAGACUGUUCAGUAUGGUUUACUGUCACUUUCACAUUUGAUCGAUUUAUAGCUAUUUGUUCCCCGAAGCUAAGAACUAGGUAUUGCACUGACAAAACAGCCACUAUUGUGCUGGGAACAGUGACUGGGGUCAGCAUUUUGAAAAACAUUCCCUGGUUCUUUCUAUAUACGAGCAGGUAUUGGCUAACUAACAGCCCAUGGUUUUGCCUUGUGAUAAUAGGGGUAACUCGCUCGCUGGUCUGGGCCACCUUUGAAUUUAUGCAUUAUAUUGUAACGCCGUUUAUUCCAUUUAUUUUGAUUCUACUGCUAAAUGCCCUGACAGUCAGGAGCAUUUUAGUGGCCAACAAGGCCCGCAGGAGACUCCAGCUUCGGAACAAUGGGGACAGUCCAGCUGACCCAGAGAUGGCUAACCGAAGGAAGUCCAUGAUUUUACUAUUUGUUAUAUCAGGGAAUUUCUUGGUUUUAUGGGUAGUGUUCAUGAUUUAUUAUAUAUUGAAACGCUUGGAUUAUUUGGGCAUUCCAGUACCACUUCCCACCUUUGUAUCUGAAAUUGGCUUCAUGCUCCAGCUCCUGAGUUGUUGCACCAACACGUUUAUCUAUGCAGUUACUCAGAGCAAAUUCAGAGAUGAGUUGAUGAAUGGAGUGAAGUAUCCCUUUGCAAAGUUGAUCGCAUUAAUUCGCUGA